ACUGAAAAUGUAUAGUAUAUGUGACGUGAACUAUAAAUUUUCAGUACUGCCAGUAAAAACUACUAAAAACGGAACACCAGCCGUAGCAAUAAGCAAAUUGUAGAUAGGUUAUGUUACCCUGUUGCAUCCGUUUGUUUACUUGGAAGUCGUAACUCCGUGUACUUUAGAAGCAACGGAAGUUCAAUUAAUAUACAACCUUCAAGUUUUAAGGCAGGGUACAUAUUGUUCUUCAUGAAUAUUAUCGAUUUCUGAUUUUUUUUAUUCUGGUAGAGGUUAAAUUUGUAAGGUGUAUCUCAAGCCAGUAGAAUGGAAAUAGAAUUGAUUGAAUUAAAAGAUAUAAAGGCCAUAGCGGAUAUAAUACACCCUUACCCGGACCGAGUAAAGUCUGAGUGUACACCACUCGUUAUUGACAAUGGAUCCUACAACUGCAGAGUUGGUUGGGCUACCGAAAAGGAACCACAAUUAAUAUUCAAGAAUCUCAUAGCGAAACCGAGAAAGGAACGUGGCAAGAAAGAUGGAGAACCUCAAGUAGGAAAUGACAUAGCAAACAUCGAAGCUGUACGAUUUCAGUUAAAAACUCAAUUUGAUCGAAAUGUAGUGACACAUUUUGAAGCUCAGGAGCAAAUAUUUGAUUAUACGUUCACACACAUGGGUAUAGAUACGGAGGGUAGUGUAAACCAUCCAAUUAUAUUGACAGAAGCAUUCCUCAAUCCCAAUUAUUCUCGUAACUUGAUGGCAGAAUUAUUAUUUGAAUGUUAUAAUGUACCAUCAGUAGCAUAUGGAAUCGAUUGCUUAUUUUCAUAUCAGCACAAUAACUGCCCACCUGAUGGUUUAAUAGUUAGCAUAGGCUAUCAUACAACUCAUAUAAUACCGAUACUGGAUGGCAAAGCGGAUGCCACAAACGCAAGAAGGAUUAACGUUGGUGGAUAUCACAUCACAUCGUAUAUGCAUAAACUUCUUCAAUUGAAAUAUCCAGUACACGUCAAUGCAAUAACGCUUAGUCGGGCAGAGGAAUUGAUACACGAGCAUUCAAUGAUUGCUUUAAACUACCAGGAAGACUUAUCCAAGUGGGCAGAUGUAGAUCAUUAUGACACACAUGUUUUAAGAGUGCAAUUACCGUAUGUUGCGCCUGCUACUGCUCCUGGUCUAACGCUUGAGCAGCAAAAAGAAAGAAAACGAGAAUUAGCACGACGGCUGAUGGAAAUUAAUGCAAGAAAGAGAGAAGAAAGAUUAGCAGAAGAUGAAGAGCAACUUAAUCAAUUGCUAGCAGUCCAAGAUCUUCUAGAAGAAGGUGAAAUCGAUGAAUUUGAUCAGGCAUUGAAAUCUUACUCUCUUGCAAAUGAAGCUGAUUUAAUAAAAAUGAUUAAUAAUCUGCAAGCAAAAGUUGAAAGAACCCGACAGAAAAUUGUCGCUGCUAACUCGCAAGAGGAAAAUAUUGUAAUGGAAGAAAAACCUAAAAUUAAAUCAAUUCUUCAACCCAAAGAUCAACAGGAUUUUGAUGAAUGGAUUGCUGGAGUUCGUAAGAAAAGACAAGAAAUAUUAGAUAAACGCAUGGCAAAGAGACAACGAAGACAAGACAUGGCGAAGCGAAGGACAGCCGCCGCACAGGAGAGGAUGCGCAUAAUUAGUCAGUUAGCGAAGAAAGAAAAGCGUGAUGACGAUUUUGGUAUGCGAGACGAAGACUGGGACGUGUACAAAGUCAUAAAUAGGGAAGGUGGCGAUUCAGAUUCAGAAUUGGAACAGGAAAAACUAUUGGAAUUGGAAGAUGUUUUACGUCAUCAUGAUCCAGAAUUUGAUAAUGCUGGAUCUAGCGUUCCUAUGGUUCCUGGGGAAACUCACCAACUUCAUGUAGGCGUAGAACGUUUACGGGCACCAGAAUUAUUGUUUCAACCAUCUAUGAUUGGUUCUAUAGAAGCCGGAAUCGCCGAGACAAUCGAAUUUGUUUUAAAACAGUACACUCCCGAAGAACAAACACGUCUUGUAAGCAAUGUAUUUCUUACCGGUGGAUCAACAGCAUUCCCAGGAUUAUUGGAAAGAUUAAAACGCGAACUGCGCGAAAUGAGACCUUUUGGAUCGAAUUUUCAAGUGAAUAUCGCGAAAAAUACCAGCUUGGAUGCCUGGUACGGUGCAAGAGACUUCGGUCUAAAUGGUAAUUUUCCUGAGUACUUAGUCAGUCGCAAGGAAUACGAGGAAAACGGUGGAGAAUAUCUCAAAGAACACUCGACAAGUAAUACUUACACUCGAUCACCCGAUCCUUUGCCGAUGAUACAAGUACCUGUAACAUCUGAGCAAAUUAUCGUAGAGGAUGCCGUAGUUGAUGUAGAAAUUGAAUAAAAGUAUUUAUAAUUCGAAUUCGUAUGAUCAAUUUUAUAUCAUAAAAAUAUUAUUCUCAAAUAUUUCCGUUAUAAUACUAUGUCAUACAAAAUCUAUUAUGCCAUUAAAUUAUGUGGACAACAAUUAUAUGAACAAAAUAAAUUGACGAAUUUUUUUGCUCGCUACUGUAUACGUGAAAAAUUUUAAGUACUUACCUUGUGUUAAGUACAUUUUAACAACUAAAACUUGUAUAUAAAAUAUAAUUCGAUUACAUAAUAUACAUGAAUGAUAGACUUUAUUAUUGAAUGGAUAUCAGCAAAAGAUAUAACCAACUUUUGUUCAUGGAUACCUACUUUAUUACACAAGUAUUUCUGUUUGUUCAUUUUAUUACGAACAAACUACAUUGUAGUCUGUUUGCUGAUCACAAUAUACAGUUCCCAAACAUCGCAUUUCGCCAUUCAACACAAUUACGCAGGAUACGUUUUAUACGUUUUUUUACUUUUCUUAUUUUUCGAGGACAAUUCGACAUCGGCUUCCGGGCGUUCUUCGUGUAGCCUAAAAAAUUAUGAAAGUGAUCCCUCACCUUAGCGAUAAGAUUGAUUUUACAGCAACCUCAGUUACAAAUCUCCGAUUCAAUCCGCGAGAGCUUAAGCUAACAUCACAAUAUAAUAAUACACUGAAAUUAUCGAGGCCCCAUAGGCAGUUACAACUAACACUAUUAAUGCUUGCGCAACGCGUAUCAAUAAAGGAACCCAUAUCGCGACUUUAAUGUUCGCGAUUGUGCUCGAACUUAAUCUGACAUAGAACGAAAAAAAAAAAAAGAAAAACUGAUAUCGUGCGCGA